AUGAAUGACUUUGGAAUCAAGAACAUGGACCAGGUAGCCCCUGUGGCUAACAGUUACAGAGGGACGCUCAAGCGCCAGCCGGCCUUCGACACCUUCGACGGGUCCCUGUUUGCCAUCUUCCCCUCCCUGAAUGAGAAGCAGGCCCUCCAGGAAGUGCCCACGGGCUUGGACGCCAUCUCUCAUGACGCGGCCAGCUGCGAGCUGCCGCUGCUCACGCCCUGCAGCAAGGCGGUGAUGAGCCAGGCCCUGAAGGCCACCUUCAGCGGCUUCCAGAAGGAGCAGCGCCGGCUGGGCAUUCCUAAGAACCCCUGGCUGUGGACGGAGCAGCAGGUGUGCCAGUGGCUGCUCUGGGCCACCAACGAGUUCAGCCUGGUGAACGUGAACCUGCAGAGGUUCGGCAUGAACGGCCAGGUGCUGUGCAACCUGGGCAAGGAGCGCUUCCUGGAGCUGGCACCCGACUUCGUGGGCGACAUCCUUUGGGAGCACCUGGAGCAGCUGAUCAAAGAGAACCAGGAAAAGGCAGAAGAUCCGUAUGAAGAAAAUUCUCACCUCAACUCGGUUCCCCAUUGGAUCAGCAGCAACUCAUUAGGCUUUGGCGUGGAGCAGGCGCCGUACGGGAUGCAGACGCCGAGCUACCCCAAAGCCAGCCUUCUGGACAGCAUGUGCCCGCCCGGCGCCCUCAGCGCCGAGCCGGAGUUUCCCAUGUUCCCCAAGGCCCCGCUCGGCACGGUCGGCGUCGGCUACUGCUCCGUCAGGCAGGCCUUCACCGGCAGCACUUUGAACCUGAUGGCCGGCGGUCCCGGGAAGCCCGGGGACCGCGACGCCUCGGAGCAGGGCGGGGACAGCUUCGAGAGCUCGGACUCCCUGCUGCAGUCCUGGAGCAGCCAGUCGUCGCUGCUGGAGCAGCGGGUGCCCUCCUUCGAGAGCUGCGAGGAGGAUGGCGGCCAGGCCCUGGGCCCCGGCAAGCCCACCAUGUCCUUCAAGGACUACAUCCAGGAGAGGAACGACCCGGCCGAGCAGGGCAAACCGGUCAUUCCUGCGGCCGUGCUGGCCGGCUUCACGGGAAGUGGACCCAUCCAGCUGUGGCAGUUUCUGCUGGAACUGCUCUCGGAUAAGUCCUGCCAGUCCUUCAUCAGCUGGACCGGCGACGGCUGGGAGUUUAAGCUCGCCGACCCCGACGAGGUGGCCCGGCGCUGGGGCAAGCGGAAGAACAAGCCCAAGAUGAACUACGAGAAGCUGAGCCGCGGCCUCCGCUACUACUACGACAAGAACAUCAUCCACAAGACGUCGGGCAAGCGCUACGUGUACCGCUUCGUGUGCGACCUGCAGAACCUGCUGGGCUUCACGCCCGAGGAGCUGCACGCCAUCCUGGGCGUCCAGCCGGACACCGAGGACUGA